GUCAAUGUCAAAUAUGACGUUUAAAUAGAAAUAUAUUUUCACUGACUUCCAGUGAUAAGAGUACCAAAGAGUACUUGCUUAGUAUUUUUACUAUCGAUCAAGGGAAAAUGGAGUUAGCAACGAUGAUUAAACAUGGAAUAUUUUGUGGAGGAAGGUAAUUUCACAACAACCACCACCGAAGUUCCUGUUCAAAUCAGUUCGGAUUUAAAUUUCUUGAUUAUACCACUGGUUGUAAUUGUUAUUGUGAUGAUUCUUUCCGCCUGCGUGUAUCUAAUGGCGAAAAGAAGAAGAAUGUAUCUACUGCAAGAAAAUAUCAUGUCACUGUAUGAUUUUGAUCAUAAUGAAGAAUGGGAUAGUAUAGACAGUUACGAUCAUCCCAGUUAUAAUUCGAUGGCUCAUACUACUACCGUAUAAACGAAUGUAAUUGUUAUUGAAAAGUUAUAUAAACAUACAAUUCUGUAAAUAAA